AGACCCAUACUCCAAGAAAGGCUAUGAACACUUCUAUGAUGCUGCAAGCAGCACUGGAUACAUUUCUUGGCGUCUGAAAACGAUACAGAGAAAGACUAGACGAGGAUCUGCACCACCAAGUAGCUCCACUGGCUUUGCUCAAGAAGGAGGGGGCCCAAAUUCCCAAAGGCCCAUUAAUGUCGACAUGCAGCUUGAUGGAGAUGCUUGCCAGGAGGCCAUCUCUUUGCUGAACCAUACAUCCGACACUUCCUUGAUUUUCCAGAAGAUGAGAGAGACCUUUCAGCAUCGUCAGAAGCUCAUCAAUGAUCCUGACAAAAGUCUUGAUAUCCUGUCUAUCUUCCCAAGAUUCUUGGAUACAAAAGGAUUGGUGAAUCAAGACUUCACUCUCCUGUUUGAUGAUGAGAUAUCUACCAGGCUGCUUCAGAAAUGGGAUCCAAUCUUUAGGUAUCAAAUCAUCAAAGAGGCCAAGCAGCUCACCUCAACAGUAGAGUUGCGUCAAUUGGUGCAGUCAGCAGAGAGUCUACCAGGAAGUGAUCUUGAUGAGGCAGCAAGAGGACCAAAGUAUCAAAAAAUCAGCGCCUCUGAUGCUGUUGAGAGACUUGUAGUCUUUCAUAAGUCUUGCUGCAGUUUGGAAGAGCAUCUCCAGAAUCAGCAGAGUCAGCAGCCAUACCUCCUGGCUGUUGGGCGCCAGAAGAGGAAGGUCGACAGCUUCUAUGUUGCCAUAGACAAGCGUCUCAUCCCCUGCCAGGCCAGCCGCUCCCUUGGGGCAUUUGAUGAGCUUUUUAAAGCUCAUUUUGUGUUCAGUGUGUCUUAUGAUGCUGCACUUGUGAAUUUCUACACAUUUCUGCAGACAACAGUAUACAAUAUUGAUAUGGGGAAAAUGAAGGAGUCCCCAAGAGUUCGUGACCUGAGAGCCAAAAUCCUUAACCAGGAAAUUCUUCUCACAACCCAAGUAAAAAUCAUUAAAAUGCUGACAUGUGUUUUGUGUAAGAGAGCUUAUCCCAGCAGUCAGCAGCUGAUUUCACAUUUAAGAGGUGAACAUGGUUAUUAUCCUGGACCUAAGUUUAAGUUAUUUUGUUGGCAGCCAGGCUGCAGGCUUCAGUUCCAAACUUAUGCAGGCUUUAGGAAGCACCUCAGUAGUUUUCACAGCAAUGUUGACCAAAAUGAUCGAACUUCAGCCAUUGCUUGUUUUUCUAAUGACACAGUUUCACCUGCUUUGGAGGACCAGUUUAAUUCCUCAAAUCUUCCUCACAGUUCUCCCAGUGUUCUUCCAGAGUCUAGUUCUUCCAGUGUUCCAGUGAGCAUUGAUUCAGUACUUACAAGGGAUUCAUCCAAAGAAAUGUGUGCAUCCAUUGUGGCCAAACUGCAGGGUAGUGGCCUUUCUAACAGUUUAGUAUCCUCACUUGUAGGCGAUUUGGAGGAAUUAACAAGUGAGCUUCGCUCAGAAGCAAAGCAGGCCAUUCUUUCUGCGUUACCCACAAAGGACUCCAGCAUAUCUUUAAUAAAUAAAUGAAUGCUUUGAAAAUUUUGAAAACCCUUUCACCAAUCUGAACACAGAAUGGAAACGAAAUAAAUACUUCAAUCUAAAAUGGGGAGUUGUAGAACCUAGAGAAAUAACACUUGGAGUGAGGUAUGACAUCAGGCGAAAUCAGAAGUCUGGUACUUAUGAUCAAGUACCUGUGAAGGAUACUUUUAUAUAUGUACCUAUUUUGGAGUCUUUGAAGUUCAUGUUUAGAAAUCCAGAGAUUU